AUGCCUCAAGCAAAAGUUUCCUUUAAAUAUCCUUCAUUUAAAUUAAUAUUCCUUAGCUUUACAUCCAAGCCCCUCCUUCUGAAGCAGCCACAAAUCUUGAUGAAGGUAACCGGCAAGCCGGUGGAAGACGUCGCCGACGUAACGGAAACGGAGGGAAUGGAAAUGGAGGGAAUAAUCAACAUGGGGGUGGACGGGGCCGUCUCAAUUGAGGAAGAGGAGGAGAUGGAAAUGGCGGAAAUUGAGGGGAAUCUGCCUAUGAAUGAGGAUGAAAAUUGUUGAAAGAAUUUAAGAGAAAAGAUUAGUUUUGCAGAAUUAUUUU